AUGAGUCUAAUGAGGAAACCUUCCUGCGGAUCUUUACUUUGGAAUAGCGGUGAGCUCUCCGUCAUCCACGAGAGAGACAAGACUGGCCACCCUACAGACAAGUUUGGGCUAGGUGGUUCCAAAAUCGUCGAGGAUAUGGGCACGAGCGCCAGCUAUCGCGUCAAGUGGGACGACAGCGACUGCAACGUCUCCGCAAUCAAAGGAUAUGGAGACGAUGUGGUGUUUGUCAAACACGUGCACAAAUGCAAGAACGAUGUCAUCCAAGUCGACUUGGCUUUGCUACUGAAGCUGCUCAAGCGCUAUGUCGACCUCGACAAAGCUCUUGCCACCUGCGAGCCGCGCAAGCCGUUUCACGUCAACAUGGAGUCCGUCGAUGACCUGGUAGACCUGCGAGACAUGGACUAUCAACUGAUGAUGCUGGCAAUGUCGCAUUUCCGUUCACCGAUGGACACCGUGGACAUGGAACAGGAGCACCGCAGGCCAGGACUCUCAUCGCAGGACAUCUUUGGGCUACUACGGCGGGUCAAACCACGCAUCAAAAAUACUGUCGACUUAGUCAGCAAGCGGAGAAAUAGAUCGCAAGCCUCCUGUGCGAAGGACAAGCUCACGCAUCUGCAGGAACCGCCUAAGGGGACAAUGAUCUAG